AUGUUUAAACUUGAUGCUGCGUUUACCCUUUCCCUCCUCCUGCAACACUUCUUCAUCGCCGCUUGCAGCGCCGGCUCGUGCUUUGCCUUUGACGGCCUCGAAUAUCCUGAUAACCAGGUCUGUCCAGGCUCAUCAGCAUGCUGCGGGUAUAACGCAACCUGCCUUCCAAAUCGCCUCUGCCACAACAAUGGAGAUCCAGAGACAACGCUGAUCCGGGGACCAUGCGCUGUAGAUCCGUGGGAUAACAGGGUGUGCUCCCAGAUAUGCCUGUACAACGAGUCUGAUAACGGGAACUUCUUCCCACGUGUCUUCGUGUGUCAAGAUGGAAGUCUGUGCUGCGACAACGACCGACAGUGCUGCCAGAAUAACCGUGGAGUAUUCCUGGACGAUAAUGGAAAUAUCCUUACUGCGAGCCCUACAAGUCGUACGAGCACCGCGCAGUUAACCACGUCUUCUCGCACUACGUCGUCAUUCGUUACUUCAAUAUCAACUCAACAGGCUUCCACAACGCCUUCCUCGGUCCUAACAUCCCAAAACCCAACAAGCCCCUCAAGCCCAGGUUCGCAUGGAUUAUCCACCGAAUCCAAAGUCGGUCUCGGAGUCGGCGUUCCCUUCGGCAUCGCAGCCCUCAUAGGACUCGGAGCGAUAGCCUACUUUAUACGACGACGGGGGCAAGCGAGAUCUGUCUCUGACCGGGUCGAGCUAGUAUCAUCAGCACGGCCGUAUAGAGUUGACCAACACGCGUCGGAGGCAGAAUAUAUGGGCAUAGGUGCCGAUCUGCCUCACAAGCCUAGGGACGAGAACAAAGACAGGCGCGAGACAGUACGUUACGAGAUGCCGGCUGGGUUUGCCUCGCCGAGGGAAUUACCAUCAUCUUUUAAGUGA